UAGAAUAUAACAAUCUAAGGAAGCUUUAGGGGCAUCUGUACUAUGAAUAUCUCUACAGGCAAUUCAAAGCGAAGGAACUAUUUAAACAAAUGAAGCUCCAACUGGGGUGAAUAACAUGUCAUAUUGAGGAGCUGGUGUCGUUGAAUCUCUACCCAAAGUGCUUAAAAUACGGACAUUCAGCAGCUAGCUAUUUAAAGAACAGAUGGACAACUUCUAUUUUUAAGAUCUAUUUGCAGCCAAUGGGGGGGAAAUCAUAAAAAAAGGGCAGGGAAAAUCAUAAUAGGCAUACCAGCUGAGCCCAACAAGAAAGUUAUAACAGAUUACAAUAAGUAUGCGAUGACAGAGGAAAGGUCAUAUCUGUUAUUAUCCAUAAAUCCAACGUACCUAUCAUCCUUUCUAGAGAAAGCUACGGAAUCGCCUGGGUGGUAGCGGAAGACCUUUUAAUUGUAGGCACUUACCAGUCACCCAACGCACGUCGAUGAUUGUUGGUCCAUAAACUUCAGCUUGUAGUUGGCCUUAAGAUCGCAGUAACACAAUUAUUGCCGGAGAUUUUAACAGACAUGCUACUUUGUGGAGUACUAACCACACAGCGUUUAGGGGAAACGCUUUGGAAGACUCCGAUAUUAAAACGAAGUGAAGACUUUGCGUCCACUUGAGAAGAUCGUUAAUGAGGGAUAUGAUACCCUCUUAGAAUCUGGACUGGACCAAACUUCAGGCAGUUAGGUAUGAGUUGGGAAAACUCAUCAGAGCAAGUGAGGUAUUCCACUGGAAGAAGAUUAUUGAUGAGCUUAGGAAUUACGUGUGGAGCCAAGCCUAGAAAAUGUUCGUGGACAAAAUGUGUACGCUUAACUCUAUCCCUACACAAAUUUGAAUUUGCGGCCGAAAUUAUCGCAACACUUUUACCUUCGAAUGACACCCCCAGGAAUUCGAUUAACUCUGCGAUCGUUGACCCAUCGCAAAUUCUCCAGACAGACAGCGGGGAGGGGCAUAUUAUGAAGACUAUCAAAGCCUUAAAAAGUACUGUCAGCAGGACCCGAUGGAACCCCCGCACAACUGCUUAAGAGACUAACAAGACUAAAGUUACUCGCAAAAGUUGUGGACGACGGAGUUAUUAGCAAAAUGGAAGCAUGCGGACCUCACUUUUUUUUACCUAAACCAGGAAAGGACAAAAAUAGCGCGCUAGCCUAUAGGUCGAUAUGUUUACUAAACGCGAUUAAUGAAUUUGCAUAGAAAAUUGUUGCUUGCAGAUUUUUCGAAAAAAACUAUACCAAACGUUUUAACUCUUGGGUUUAUGAAGGAUAGGUCGACAACGGAUGUUGUUUAGUGGUGUUAAAAGUGGCGAAGGCAGAGCUGGAGAAAAUAAAACGGUAAUAAAUAUACCAUGCCUUGGUGGCAUUUUAUGCCAAAGAAGCAUUCAUUUGGGAGGUCAUAACCUGUAAAACCUAACCUAGAGAAGGUCAUUGUCAGCUACCUAAAUGACGGGUACAUAUUACACGGUGGGACCACAUGACAGAUAUCGACGGACCUAUUUGAAGGCUCUAUGCUGGGUUCUUUUCUGGAAUAUAGGGUACUGUUGUCUUGCAACAGAAAUAAUUACAAUCAGCCGAAGUAGCGGCAUUUGUUAUAGCGACAGCACUGUACUAGCAACAGUAGUUAUAAAAAGAGACACUAAGGAACUUCAGUUCAAUAUUAAUGAUACCUGUGACAUUAUCAACACUGAAAUUACUGGUCAUAGCCUCAAUUCGCCCCGGGAAGAACGGAGCUGGUAAUUUUCAGUGUACGGAAGACGGCUGAUGAUGUAAACAUAAGCGUAUACAGCCAUACAAUUUUCCCGAAGAACACCACAAAAUAGCUGGGGACAAAUACCACGCUAGACGGAAAGGGACAAGGCUGUUCAGGUGACUAACUCGCUGUUAGGGAUCCUGCCCAACGCAAACGGGCCGAAGGAGGGGAACGAUUAUUGCAUUAAUGGAAAAAUUGAUGGUUCUUUGUGUAGCACCCAUUUGGCGGGUCGCGCCAUCUAAGAAGAAAAAACCUAGCUGAACUUCAGAGUCUGUCUCUAUGAACAGCUGCUUGUCUUCGCUACAGCGUAGAACGGACCUCAAGAACUUUCUCUUCAAGAACUUGGAUACUUCGCGCAAUGAGUGUUAAAUGGACUUUUGUUAAAAUGUUCUAGCGUUGUUCUGUGUUGGUGUUUAUCUUCAUGACAUAUCAGAGAAUAUUGUUGGGGAACGACAGAAGCGACAAAGAUAUGAACUGUUGAAUUGUCAAAGAUGUUCGUUGCGAGUGAACUGUACGAUGUUGUUCGGGUGGAAGCACAUCGUCUUAAUGGAAACUCAAUAUAUGAGGCUCUUCGUCAGGCGCUCAACAACAAAUUCGUCAAUAAGGUGUUACUCAACUGUGGAUUGUUCAUUAAAGUACUGGAUUUUCUUCCGGAAAGCGGUUCAACCGACUUUCACAUCUUACCUGGGGACGGAGCAGUACACAAGAAGGUAUAUUUUCGAGCCAUCGUGUUUCGGCCCUUCCUCAACGAAGUUUUAGAGGGUCGAGUUCGAUCAUUGUCACCAGAGGGAGUCAAGAUCUCCCUAGAAUUUUUUGAUGAUAUUAUGGUGCAGGGAAUGCGGAUGCAACACCCCUCACGAUGGGACGCUACAAAAGCUUGCUGGAUUUGGGACUAUGGGGCAGAAGAUGGUGACUCGCACGAACUCUAUCUAGAAGUUGGCGAUCGGGUGCGUUUUCGUAUUGUCGAUGAGAAAUUCACGGAUUGCUCACCCGUAGGACCCCUUGUAGAAUCUGCUCAACAGCAACAAAAUCUUCCUUCUUCGUACACAUUGGAAGCAGCCAUGAAUGAACCUGGUCUCGGUGUGUUAUCCUGGUGGAGCUCUACCUGAAAAGUUCCUAAUUAAAAAUCUAAAGCAGGUGCAUACAUGCUUGUAAGGUUACAUAGGUCUUUCCUGUUAAAAAUGUUCUGUAAACGCUGGCCAUCUCACAGAUUCCUGCAAGGAUAUAUAACUGAUUUUGUUGCGGUUGGCUGAAGAGGCAGGUGGUAGUCAGUAUUGACAAAGGAUAAGUGUAUGGUGACACAAAAUCAUUACAAUUUGUCAGUACUGGUUAACUUAGAUAACAAGUUAACCAAAGUUGUUAAUAAGCUAAGUAUAUAGUCCUCUUACUAAUAUAUGUCCAUAAAAUCUGAUUGUUUGCACAGACUAUAUUCUGUCGGUGCAACUGUUCAUUUUGCGUGUUUUAUAAUCGUACUCCACCGUUGACCUGUCCAGCACCGCUGCAGAAAAAGCCGGCACAAAUUAAGUUAACUUGGUAAAAUAGACGAGCAAUACGAUGAUUACACAUGACAAUGGCGUUAACUCGUACGCAAAUUACGCUAACUGCUGUUGUUGUAUUGAGAACAAGGGCGCAUCUUGAAGUUUGACUGAUAAUGUUUCAUUAUUAUUGGAUACUCGCGAGAUUGUCUUUGUACGUCGCAGUGAUAAAUGCAAAUGUAGUAACCGAAAUCGCAUAUGUUCAAUACAAAUGCAAACCAUAGAUUCCCUGGGAUACCGCUGCACCAACCAUAUAAAUAAAUGUAUCAUAGAAUUAAUGAGCGAAUGGAAUAAAGCAAGACAAGUACAUGCGUAUCGAG